AUGUGGCGGCGCACGUAUCUUCUUCUAGUCCUCGUCAGACUCUGGUUCGCCUUGUCGCCCAGCUAUCUUCAUCCAGAUGAGAACUUUCAAGGGCCGGAAGUAAUCGCCGGCCAGAUCUUCAAUUAUCCUGUCCGGCACACAUGGGAAUUCACCAGCGAGAACCCGAUCCGGAGCGUUUUCCCGCUAUGGCCCGUCUACGGGCUGCCCAUGCUGCUGCUGCAGUGGCUUUGGGUUGGCAACGGGCAGGAUGGCCAGGUGCCUCCUAUCGCCGUCUUCUGGACGCUGAGGUUCUUCAUGUUCCUGCUGAGCUUUGUGCUUGAGUUCUGGGCGCUCCAGGAGCAAAUCACCUCAACGCGCCAUCGCCCUAUUGCCGUUCUUCUCGUAGCGUCGUCCUAUGUGACGUGGACCUUCCAGACGCAUACGUUCUCCAACUCGAUCGAGACACUGGCCGUCUUGUGGAGCUUGGUGUUGAUAAGGCGCAUCACCUCGCCUCAUGUGAAAAAGACUGACUUAUCCAGGCCCUUUUCGUUGGCCGCUCUGGUUUCGGCGGCCCUUGUUACAGCUUGUACUGCCAUUGCGGUUGACACUGCUUUUUACACACCAGGAACUGUAACGUGGUCCGAUCUCGUCACUCACCCCGUCAUCACUCCUCUGAACAACCUUGUUUAUAAUUCUUCGCCGGAGAAUCUGGCACUCCAUGGCUUGCAUCCCUGGUACCAGCAUCUCGUUGCAAACUUACCGCAGCUCAUUGGGCCUGCAGUGGCGUUGAUGUUCUUACGUCCUCAUGUCUCUCUGAGGCUCUACUCGGCCAUAUCGGGCAUCAUGGUCCUGUCUUUUGUUCAGCAUCAAGAAGCGCGGUUUCUCCUCCCAGCCGUGCCCCUGAUCCUCUCAUCAUUGCAGUUGCCAAAGACUCGGAGUCUUCGCCGACUGUGGAUUGCCAUCUGGGUGGUAUUCAAUCUGUUCCUGGGCGUGCUCAUGGGAACAUAUCACCAGGGUGGUAUUGUCCCCGGGCAAGUCUUUAUGAGUAAGCAAUCUGACGCUACAACCGCCGUGUGGUGGAAGACUUACUCUCCCCCAAUCUGGCUUCUCAACGGCAAGAACGAGGUCCUGACCACCAAGGAUGUCAUGGGAAUGAAGGGCGAAGCGUUGCUGGACCUGUUGGCUGAGCUGGCCACAUGCGAUACCCCUGCCGACCGGCGCAAUACGGAGUAUCUGAAGGAGAAGAACGGGACCUAUCUGAUCGCGCCUGCGUCAGCAACCUGGUUGGACCCCUAUCUUCCCAACAAGGGGCUUGAAGGGUUGCGAUUUCGAGAAGUCUGGCGGUAUCGAAAACAUAUCAACUUGGAUGAUUUGGACUUUGGAGAUGACGGGGUUUGGAAUACACUUUCCAGGGUCAUUGGUCGCCGGGGGCUUGUUGCUUGGCGAGUCACGAAAAGCUGUGGGCUAUAA